UCAGAUGACCCAGGUGUGGAUGGCAAGGAUACCCCCAGCCCCCGAGGCGGUCCCGUUCUAGGCAGGAUGGCGAAGCAAGCGGCGCUAGGACCCCCGGGCAGAGCCUCGGGGAAGGGAGUCCAGGGGGAAAUACCUUACAUGGUGCCCCCGCGGUCACCUUCUGAGCCUGCAGCUCAAAAUAGUCCCCGGAGUUGCGGGCCUGACUCGGGGAGGGGAAAUGGCUGCUGUCUUCGACCCUGUGGAACUGGGUGCGCCCUGGGGACCCGCGCGCCCCGAGCCCCCUCCCACCCGCUUCCACCGGGUGCACGGUGCCAACAUCCGCGUGGACCCUUCCGGGACACGGGCCACACGCGUGGAGAGCUUCGCCCACGGCGUGUGCUUCAGUCGCGAGCCGCUGGCUCCAGGCCAGGUAUUCCUGGUUGAGAUCGAAGAGAAAGAGUUAGGCUGGUGCGGCCACCUACGCCUCGGCCUGACUGCGUUAGACCCCGCCAGUCUGGCCGCCGUGCCCGAGUUUUCGCUGCCCGACCUGGUCAGCCUCGGCCACACCUGGGUCUUCGCUAUCACGCGCCAUCACAACCGCGUGCCCCGCGAGGGCCGCCCAGAGGCGGAGGCAGUGGCCCCCAGCCGACCCCCAGCCCUCCUGGUGGAACCGUAUCUGUGCAUUGAGCAGUUUCGCAUUCCCCGCGACCGCCUGGUGGGCCGCAGUCGGCCGGGGCUCUACAGUCACCUGUUGGACCAGCUCUAUGAGCUGAAUGUGCUGCCUCCGACCGCGCGCCGUAGCCGCCUGGGCGUUCUCUUUUGCCCACGCCCGGACGGUACGGCCGACAUGCACAUUGUCAUCAACGGCGAGGACAUGGGCCCCAGCGCCCGGGGGCUGCCAGCCGCCCAGCCCCUCUACGCAGUGGUGGACGUGUUUGCCUCCACCAAGAGCGUGCGCCUGGUCCAGCUUGAGUAUGGCUCCUUCUUUCCACAGUGCCGUCCCUGCAGACUCUGUGUCGCCUCGUGAUCCAGAGAAGUGUGGUGCACCGGUUGGCCAUUGAUGGGCUCCACCUGCCCAAAGGACUCAAGGAUUUCUGCAAGUAUGAGUGAAGGCCUGCAGCCACCCUGGAGCAGGGCCCAGGAGCAUGUCCUGGCCCCGGAGCUGUGGCUGGUCUGAAGCUGGCCAUGUGCUGACAGCCAGGACCAGAAAUAAAGACAGCUGGUGCUAAUCAUUGGAGGGUGUCCUUGCCCCUGAAGCCAGUGAGGAGCACUUUUAGAAUCACUGUGGGUCAGCAGGUCAGAGCAAGAGAGAACAGUUUAGACAUCACCUAGACCAGUGGCUCUUAGCCUGGCUUCUCGUCAGUUAUCUGGGAUACGUAAGAGUGCUGAUGCUCCAGACUCCAUCUCCAGAGACUCUCACGAGAUUUGUCAGAGGAUUAGGCCUAGACAUUGUUCUUUUUGUAAAAGCUCCCUGGAGAUUCUAAUGUACAGCCAGGGUGGAGAAGCAUUUCCCUGGAACAGAGGUCUCACCUUUGGCACAUAUUAUAAUCAUUUGAGGAACUUUGAAAAAUACUGAUAACUGGGUCUGACCCCGGGAUUCUGAUUUAAUUGGUCUGAGACGAGGCUGGGCAUCAGGAUUUCUAAAAGCUCCCAGGAGAAUCUAAUGUGCAGCCCGGUGUGAGAACCAGCGCCCUAGACCAACUAUUUCAUUUUGCAGUUGGGAAACCGAAGCACAGAGAUGGGAAUGUAUUUGUCCAGGUCCACAGCAAAUGAAUGGAUGCAGAGUAUUCCUUCUCUCCUAGUACAGGGCACAAAGCCCUGGACUCCAUUAUUUGUAUCUCUGGUCAUUUGCUUCCAUACAAACGAUCUCACUUAAUCCUCACAACUUCUGCUGGGGCAGCGGGCAGUCAUUAUCCCCACAUUACAGAUGAGGGUAUCAAGGAACAAAACUGUCCAGGUGACAUGGCCAAGGUAAAGGCAAGAACCUGGAAUGCCCUGGUCCAGCACUCUUUUAACCCCAUCCCAUUGUCAUAUAGAGAAGUUCUAGAAUGAACAGGUCAGUGCUGUGAGGUGGGUCCCAGGUGUAAAGGGGAGGGACUAUGAGGUGACAUUCUAGAAGGGUGACUAGGGUACGACAGGAGGCAGAUGACUGUUCCCUUACAAACAGGGGCUUUGGGGCAGCCAUGUCUUAUUUCAUGUCUCCACAAACUCAUCCAGGUCUUCUGCCUUCCAGCCAAGGUGAGAGAGGGGCUCCUGGAACUAGAGUGGGUUCCACAACUUCCCCUGAGUAUUUGCUUCUUGACUCUGGGGAGGUAGAGAUUCUGCUGGGCUUUCGGGACUGGCCCUGGAGUCAUUUCUCUUCAAAGAAAACCCAUUCCCCAAAUGCUUGCCAAUAACUACCCACUUGCUCACUUAUUCAUUCAACAAACACUUCUCCAUCACUUACUCAGUGUUGGGGAUCAGGGGUGUGGAUAUGAGUAAAACCUUGUUCCCAACCACUAGACAUUCCUCUUGGGCUGCUCUUAAUUGAUCCUGUUCCCAGUGCCCUGCUGCUAUGCCCUGCCCCUCAGGGCCUCCUCCUCAGAGACCAAGAAUAACAUUCCGUCUCAUUCCUGUCUCUGCAGGUGGGGCUGCUUCUCCAGGCUCGUCUCUUGGCCUCUAUAGCCCUGGAGAGCCAGUGGUGGUGGCCUCUGGUGGACUAGGCCCACUGAGCCAGAAGGGUGAGCAGGUGGCACCUGUUGCCCAGGCCUGGGGCCCAGCGCUGGCAGUGCCGGAAGCCAGGGGCUGCCCUGGGGGGGCUAGCUGGGAGACACUGCGGCAGAAGGAGUACGGCCGAUACUGCCACAAAUUCCCUCCCACGAGGCAGCCGGAGAGCUUGGGCUGGGAAGAUGGCUGCUCCAGAAGCAGAGCUGCCCACCUGGGUGGCCCCCACAGGCCUGCACCCCUGCUGCUAUGUGGGCUGUCAGCUGGGGUUCUGUCAGUGCCCUCUGAGGCCCGGGGGAAGGAGGCCAGCCCCCAGCCUGACACCUGCAUCCUGACUCUGGCCAUGAUGAUUGCUGGCAUCCCCACCGUGCCUGUCCCAGGCCUGCGGGAAGAGGACCUGAUCCGGGCAGCUCAAGCUUUCAUGAUGGCCCAUCCGGAGCCAGAGGGGGCUAUGGAGGGGGCACAGUGGGAGCAGGCGCAUGCCCACACAGCCUCUGGGCAGAUGCCCCUAGUGAGAUCCAGGAGGGGCCAGCCUCCCGGCUCCUGCUUGUAGCUGGAUGAAAUAGCACCAGA